ACAUAACAAAUCACUAUCUAGUACAAUGCCACGUUCAGACUAUAGAAGUAGCUCUCGCAAAUAUCGCAGCAUAUCGCAUGAUAGAGGCUAUCAAUCCCGGGAGAGGUAUAGAAAGGAUGACCGGGCUGGUUACCGCCGGCGUCGAUCUCCGUCUUCCGAUAGCUCAUAUGUUUCUCGCAGAGUAUCAAGGUCUCGAGUAUCACACGAGAGGCGGAGAAGUGAUUCAUCACCUAGGUAUAGUCACGAUCGCAGUCGAUCCCGUGAAGUUAUAAGUCGAAGAAUCCAUCGCCGAAGGCAUUCUUCACGUGAUAGCCACUCACUGUCGCCUAGACCACAUCGUUCGAGGCGCAGAGAUGGUAUCGAUAAGGAACCCGAUAAUGCACGUUACAGCAAACCAAGUGGUAGUCAACAUGAACAAGCAGUGGAAACUGCAUCCGAUUCAUGCCCCAAUACACUGCAAUCUGAUACCGCUGCUAUGCUGAGGUCAACGCUUGGUAACAGUACCGAUAUAACACUGGACUCAUUGAAUAGUGAAUUCCGGGAGAUGAACUAUUCGCGUGCGUAUGGCAUCGACAUUUCAGGUUUUGUUGGUGUCCAAUCUGAGGUACUUAAGGUAGAUAUCCCUACAGAACAGAAACCUUUAUCUAACUACGAACGGCGUCAGCAGCGCAAGGAGGAGAUAUUGAAACACCCAGAUCGCUUUUGGAAGUGCAAGCGCUGUGGAUACAUGAACUACUUAUCGAACUACGAGUGCACUGGAUGCCAACAAUUACGGAAUGCCAAUCGUUAGUUAAAACAGUUGAUUGGCGG